AUGGAGCCAGUAUCAUUUGGACAGCUGCCAGUUGACAUACUCAACCAUAUCAUUAACCAGAUCGACGGACCGGAAUUAGUCUCAUUCUCUCAAGCAUCUAAAUGGGCACGGGCAUUAACAGCACGAGCCCUUUGGAGGGCGAUCCGAAUCCCAGUUGUAAACGACGAUGAAGGACAACCAUUGGGUCUCCGGCCACCGGGCCUCUGUCUCCCAAACCCAAUGAUGCCAACUAGGCUCCGAUUCUAUGACUAUCUUGCGGAUCAAAAAGAUCCCUCUUGUGUUCAUUCAAGAAAUUCCUAUCCUCACAUGCGUAAUAGACCGCAAUCGCACAGCCGUGACGCUCUCUCACCGCUAGUUGAUGAUGCCAUCUCAGUGCUAGAGAAGCUCGAGAUCAAUUCACUUGAUACCUUUAGUUGGCACACGGGCACGUGCCUACCGACUAAGAUAUUUGGCGAUCAAGGUAUACUGUCACUUCAACAGUCUUCUUUGCGAUCUCUCAGCAUCAUUAGCGACUCGGCCUGUCAGAGAUUAUCUAGCAUUACUCUUUCUCAUUUCAAGAGUUUGAGAAGCCUCUCCUGGUCCGACGCCUCACCCUACAACCUCGAGGCCCUAGCUACUGCUAUCCAGACAAAUGCAUCGCAGCUUGAAACACUCGAGGUCAAUUUCAUCAACUGGUCUAGGUUUUGGUAUAUAAUUGAGGAGUCUGAUGAGCCGUUCUUGCGUCUUGAUACCAGCAUUGAAGACGAUGAAGACGAAUUGUGGAUCUGUGAGGACACAUAUUUCGAGGACGAGGUUCUCGGUCAGAUGCGAAAGCCACUACAGCCCAUGUUUUCGGUGUUGAGGAGUCUUUCACUAACCCAAGUUCAUUUAUCCGAUCGUACAGUCUUAACCUUGAAUAUAGGCGCGCUCGAGUCCCUGACAAUCCGAUGGUGUGAGGGCUGGGUGGCCUUUCUGCGCAGCCUUGUCGAGCUCGGAGCACCCCUGAAUCUCGACCACUUCGAGCUGCAGGCAGCACAUCACGGGUGGGUUGGGGAAUAUCAUGCGUUGCUGGCGAGAUUCAUAGAGGGUCUCACCGGGCCAAAGUCGCUUUCAUUAGGCCAACUGGGAACUCACUCAAGCCACGGCGUGUGGAAUCGACUUGUGCAGCACCAGAAAACGAUCAGGCGUUUUGUGCAUCAGCUAAACACCAAAGUUCUCUUUGAAAGCGACUCUCUUAUUCAGGCGGAACAUCUUACUGAGGAAGACUGGGAUGGCAUGAGACGGGAGCCAUUCCGGAAAAACCCGUUCGCGAAUUUCGAGUCGUUGGAGUUUUUGGGGGUGACUUGUGAGCCAGCUAAAAUGAAAAUUCUCACGAUGCCGUUCGUAACCAAGUCCUGUCUUCGGGUUAUCCACAUCCGACGAACACUCAACUGCACACUAUUGUGGCGGAAUUGGGAUUUGGAUGAAGUAGUUGGUGAUAGCCUCGAUCCAUGCGGUGACUCGAAGCAAGCGGAAAUCGAUGAUACAUACGGUCAGGGGGAGAUGAAGAUUGAUUCCCUAAGAGGCGAGUUUCGUGAUUUUGCAGAAUGGGUUUUUGGGCCGGAUGGUAUUCACUCACUUAAAACCCUUGUAUUCGGAGAUCUCAGUCACAUCUCCCACACGAGAAGAUUCUCGCGUCACCAAGUAGUUCUUGUUCGGGACGAGUCUGGCAGUGGAAACUUCAAGAUGGUUGACAGAGACGAAGCGGUGUUUACCUUCAAGCUUGGAGAGUGCCUAGAUCGCAUAGAGGCCUGCCCGAAGUGCACAUUGACAAAAUUGGACUGA